GCGCCGCGACGACACCGCGACACCUCCAGGCUGUGCUCCACACUGGCGACCGCCGCCAUGUGCUUCUGGUCGUGGCUGACGGCCGCGCUGGCACCGCGCCACCACCGGCCGCAGCAGCGCUACCCCCAGGUGCUGUACCGGCCCACUGCCUGCCCAGUGGGCGGUAUGAGCCGGCCGCCCAAGCCGGCGCCGCAGGUGAAGAAGGUGGCGCCGCCCGCGGUGCCCGACCAGUACCACGCGCAGCAGCAGCAGCAGCAGCAGGGCCAGCAGUACCGGCUGUCCGGCUCCUCCUUCGGCUCGGCCGGCUACUCCUCCAGCUCGGACGACGGGCUGCUCACGCCCGCCGACGUCACGCCCCAGCAGCAGGCCGCGCAGCAGGCAUGUGACCAUAGUGAAGUAUACGAACUGACAGGAAAAUCACCCGGAUCUCAGUUCUCGUACCCCGCCUUCACAUUCCCAGGCCCACAGGGUGUUCAGUACACACAGUUAAUGCAUUCUGGCAAGAGUGCAGCCUACUACCACCAGAUGUCUCUUCAGGAAGAUCAAGGAAUUGAUAUGACACAGAGUCCCGGGAGAGACAGUCCGGGUUCUUCGGGCUCCGGGUCGGGCUCCGGGUCGCGCCACAGCACUGCGAGCCUGGACAGCGGGCGGGCGUCCGGCUACCACCUGCUGGGGCCGAGCAGCGGCGGAACCGGACUGCGGGGGCCGGGGACGCUCUCGUCCAGCCCGCGGUGCUCCCUCUCCUCGUCCUCGCUGGGGUCCUCGGAGCUAGGCGGUCCCGCUGCCCGAGCCGAGAGGCUGCUGCAGCAGGGAGUGCCGGAUCAGGAUGUCCUGCAUGCUUGGCUUAUGGAUCUUCAUUUUGAAGAAUAUUUUCCCCUGUUUGCUUCAGCUGGUUAUGAUAUGCCCACAAUAUGCAAAAUGACACCAGAGGAUCUCACAGCCAUUGGAAUCAAGAAACCAAACCAUAGGAAGAAACUAAAGGCUGAAAUUGCUCAACUUAAUAUUUCUGAUGGACUGCCAGACUAUAUUCCUGGUUCACUAGACGAAUGGUUGCGACUGCUACGUUUGGAAGAAUAUGGUCCGGCACUGCAUCAACAGUGUUAUAAAACUGUUGAAGAUGUCACUCAACUCACAUGGGAGGACCUGGAGGACAUCGGCAUUGUGAAACUGGGUCACCAAAAGAAGAUUCUCCUGGCAAUUAAACGUGUGAAGGACAUAAGAGCUGGAAAGAGAUUUCCUCCACAGCCAUCCCUUGCUGGGCCAUCCCAGGAGGUGUUGAUCGGAUCGCCCAGCGGCUUGCAUUCUCCGGACGAGGGUGAUUGUUACCCGCCUGGCGUGCACAGGACGUUCCACACAUUUCAUCAGCCCUGGGAGAUUGAGGGCAGCCAUCACAUGUUUAGCACAAUCACAACACCGUACUUCCAACCCAUGUACUGUCCAGAUAUUGUCCCCAUUAAGAUUCGUGGUGGUCGAGGAAAGUCACUGGAAAGUUUAGAAGAUGGCAGUGAGAGGACACACCACACAUUUAGUGCAGAUAACACACAGACUUUCUACUACCAGCACGCCGUCCACGGGCCCGGAGGAUGGCGACCACGCAGUUACGACGACGGAGAUAUUACUCCGACAAAUGAAGCAGUUGCCCUGCACGAGGGAGGUGGCACACUGCCGAGACCCAGGGGACUGGUCCGUCCGAGACCCGUCGCAAAAAUAGUCGCAAAGACACGUAACGACGGGUCGACAUUUGCCGUCCCCGAUUUUGAGAAGCCCGGCAGCACGUACUACAAAAGCUUACCGAGAGACCUUAUAGAUGUUAGCAAGUACGACCUGGAUCGGUAUUCGGGUGGCACCGGCAACGAAAGCCCGAGGAUGACGCAAAAGAAACGGCCACCGUCACCACCGAAGAGGCAGUCGUCGAGGACCGGCGAAGCGGACGUCGUAAUAGACUGUAGUGGGCCAGUGCCGAGAGCUACUGCAGAUGUUCCCGGUAGUGGUGGACGAACUACUGUAGUAACUGUGGAUCUCCAUUCGACCGACCGGGGUACGUCAGUGUCACCCUUGUCACUGCCGGCAUACCCGAGCGGGACUGGCGACGACCUGGCAGAGCCCGACUUGCCCCUCCCACCUCCACCGGCCCCGCCCUCACCGCCGGGACUGCGAGAGUUGUCGACCAUGAGUCGAUCCUGGAGUAACAUGCCUACAACUUCUGAAGCACACGCUGCCAGUGUCGAGCAGGAGCUUAUAGCCAGUCUUGCGAUGCAGCAGGGGCGUAACGGCUCUGAUGCCAGUUUUAAAUCAAGUUCAAGCACAGAAUCAGAUUCCCUCCCUUUUGCUAAUGAGAAUGCAGGAACUAUAAAGCAAAGGGUGACAAGACCGCAUCCGACACUUACGACAAUGGAUUAUCCCACACAAGAGUUUACUCCUUCUAAGAGGGUCCAAAAUCCACAAAGUGAUCUAGCAGCUAGUCAGAAGGCACUAAGAGACCGAUCAGCAUCACAAGAACCUGCUGAUGUUUUGAAUGAUAUUGGAAAUAUGCUCGCCAAUUUAACUGAUGAAUUGGACGCUAUGCUUGAAGAAGAGAAGCGGCAAGGAUUAAAUCAGUGAAUGUACAUUUGUGCUUAAGUUCCUAGUGUAGGAAUAAAAAAAUUCCAAACUGACAUUGUUUUAUAGCUCAGCUGUCACUGUUCAUAAGCUGAACUGGUAGAGCUCAUCCAAAAGCAUUGUUUACCUCAUUUAAAAUUUGAACUAAAAGUGUGUGAUAUGGAGUAAUCUUAUAUGUCUUUGGGACAUAAAUGAAACUGUCCAUACAUGAUAAGAAUUUAAUUUUUUACCAAACAUAAAUGAUUAUUAAUGAAGUUGUGGGGUAGGUUCUAUUCCAUUUUAUUAAAUGUGAGUGUGCGUGAACUUAAUAACUUUUGAGUUCCACAGACCUGAAAGAGAUCAAUAGUUGUAGUUUGUACAACUGCUUAAAGAUACAAAUUUUAUUCACUUGACAUUAUCAUUUAUUUAAUUUUAAUGGCCGUAUUUAAGAAAAAGAAGGAGAACUCCGAGGGGCAAAAGUCCUAUGCUACUGUGACAAUGCCUUCUUCUUGGCAAUAUGAAAAAGGCUGACAAAAUUUUUUGACUGGUUUGUGCAUAUGUCUUUUCCCACACAAUAAUUAAUGUAAAAUAAUUUGCUAGUUGUUUAUUAGCAACUAAAUUAGCUUUAAAGAUAACUAUAAAAGUGAUCAAGUUCCCUUGAAAAAGUGGAAAGUGUAAUUUCUGCUGAGGAAAAAGUUGUAUGUUGAAGAAUAGAGAGAUAAUCAUCCCAUAAUUAUGGUAGAAGAAAUAAAUGACAAAUGCUAUAACUGA